AGGCAGGGCACGGGGGAGAUCGAGAGAGAGGCUGCUCCGAAGUCCUCCCCAAACACACUUCAAUGACCAGGAGAGCUCGGACGAAGCGCGCUUUUCUGUCGGGGCACCAGCCGCGCCGCUUGCCUUGGAGUUUUCCUGGAGCAACCACGCCAGCCAAGAGCACUUUUUUUGGAGGGGCAGAACAAGACCCUGAAAGGACUUCUUAUCUCCAAAGAUCCGUCGAAAGGGGAGUUACUGGAGUGGAAAUCCGAGUGGCAUUUGGAAGAGGAGUAAUCGAAGCGUUUUAUUUCCCCCUCCCCACACCCACCCUUUCCCCUUCCCCCCCUUCCGUGGAGAUGAACACAUUGUGCUUGUGUUUCCGAAAGAAGUCGAAAUAUUAAAUCGCUCUGCUUCCCCCCCCCCCCCAUCGUACUCUAGAAGCACACAUGUAAUAAUGACAAAGGAUUGCAAAGGCGAGAGUGGAUCGAGUUUCGCUGAGCGAUCCCCUUAACUGGAUUACUAAAUGGGACACUCCAUCAGCUAGUGCUGUGUCCUCUUCAGCUUGCCAGAUACAUGCACCGACGAGGGUGAAGUGAAGAAAUAGCCUCCCAGCUGAACUACUAUGAGGUCAGAAGCCUUGCUGCUAUAUUUCACACUGCUACACUUUGCUGGGGCUGAUUUCCCAGAAGAUCCUGAGCCAAUCAGUAUUUCGCAUGGCAACUAUACAAAACAGUAUCCGGUGUUUGUGGGUCACAAGCCAGGACACAACACCCCACAAAGGCACAGACUGGACAUCCAGCUGCUCAUGAUCAUGGACAGAACCCUCUACAUUGCUGCUAGGGACCAUAUUUAUACAGUUGAUAUGGAUGCAUACCAUACAGAAGAAAUUUAUUUUAGCAAAAAAUUGACGUGGAAAUCCAGACAGCUCGAUGUAGACACAUGCAGAAUGAAGGGAAAACAUAAGGAUGAAUGUCAUAACUUUAUUAAGGUUCUUCUAAAAAGAAGUGAUGAUACAUUAUUUAUUUGUGGGACAAAUGCCUUCAGUCCUUCCUGCAGGAAUUAUAAGAUGGAUACUCUGGAGUUUCUGGGAGAUGAAUUCAGUGGAAUGGCCAGGUGUCCUUAUGAUGCAAAGCACGCCAAUGUUGCAUUGUUCGCAGAGGGAAAGCUGUAUUCUGCUACUGUGACAGACUUCCUUGCAAUAGAUGCAGUCAUCUAUCGGAGCCUUGGAGACAGCCCAACUCUGCGGACAGUCAAACAUGAUUCAAAAUGGUUGAAAGAACCUUAUUUUGUCCAUGCAGUGGAUUAUGGCAACUAUAUCUAUUUUUUCUUUCGGGAAAUAGCAGUGGAAUACCACAGCAUGGGAAAGGUAGUGUUCCCCAGGGUAGCUCGAGUUUGCAAGAAUGACAUGGGUGGAUCUCAACGAGUCCUAGAAAAACAAUGGACUUCCUUCCUGAAGGCACGGCUGAACUGUUCAGUACCAGGGGAUUCACACUUCUACUUCAACAUACUGCAGGCAGUUACAGAUGUCAUCCACAUUAAUGGUCGGAAUAUUGUGUUAGCAACCUUCUCCACCCCUUAUAACAGCAUCCCUGGCUCUGCUGUCUGCGCUUACGAUAUUCUUGACAUUGCCAAUGUAUUUACUGGGAGAUUCAAAGAACAGAAGUCUCCAGAUUCAAUAUGGACACCAGUUCCUGACGAACGAGUGCCCAAGCCCAGGCCAGGUUCUUGUGCUGGAUCUACAUCACUUGAAAAGUAUACAUCCUCCAAUGAAUUUCCAGAUGACACUCUAAACUUUAUCAAAACACAUUCUCUCAUGGAUGAAGCAGUACCAUCAAUUGUCAACAAGCCAUGGUUUCUGAGAACAAUGGUCAGAUACCGCCUGACCAAAAUUGCUGUAGAUAAUGCCGCUGGGCCAAAUCAGAAUCACACUGUGGUUUUCCUUGGAUCAGAGAAGGGAAUCAUUCUGAAGUUCUUGGUCAGGACAGGAAACAGUGGUUUUCUAAAUGACAGCCUUUUCCUGGAGGAGAUGAGCAUUUACAAUUCUGAAAAGUGCAGCUAUGACGGGGUAGAAGACAAAAGGAUUGUGGGCAUGCAACUGGACAAGCGAAGCAGUGCCCUUUAUGUAGCAUUUUCAAACUGUUUAAUAAGAGUUCCCCUGGGAAGGUGUGAGCGUCAUGGCAAGUGCAAAAAGGCCUGCAUAGCUUCUAGGGACCCAUAUUGUGGAUGGAUGAAGGAAAGUGGGGCAUGUAUGCAGCUAUUACCUGGAGCAACACUGGCAUUUGAGCAGGACAUAGAGCAUGGCAAUACUGAUGGCCUGGGUGACUGCCAAAAUUCGUUCGUAGCACUGAAUGACAUUUCAACUACUUCAUCAGAUUAUGAAAUGUCUUACACGACAGUGUAUGGGCACUCCGGUUCCCUACUUCCCAGCACCACUACUUCAGACUCUCCAGCCCAACAGGGCUACGAUGCUAGGGAGCGCAUGCUAGAUUGGAAGGAUCCAAUGGGCUCAUCCGAGAACACAAAUCCAUAUGUGGCUGUCUCAUCCCACAAUCACCAAGACAAGAAGGGAGUGAUUCGUGAAAGUUAUCUCAAAGGGCAUGAUCAGCUGGUGCCUGUCACCCUCCUGGCCAUUGCAGUCAUUCUUGCCUUUGUCAUGGGGGCUGUCUUCUCUGGGAUCAUUGUCUACUGUGUCUGUGACCACCGGCGCAGAGAUGUGGCCAUUGUGCAGAGGAAGGAGAAGGAGCUGGCCCAAUCCCGCCGGGGCUCCAUGAGCAGUGUCACCAAGCUCAGCGGCCUCUUUGGGGACACUCAGUCCAAAGAGCCCAAGCCUGAAGCCAUUCUCACACCCCUGAUGCACAACGGCAAACUUGCCACCCCCGGCAGCACAGCCAAGAUGCUCAUCAAAGCUGACCAGCAUCACCUGGACUUGGCUGCUCUCCCAACACCAGAGUCCACCCCAACGCUCCAGCAGAAGAGGAAGCCCAGCCGUGGCAGCAGAGACUGGGAGAGGAACCAGAACCUCAUCAAUGCCUGCACAAAAGAUAUCCCCCCUAUGGCAUCCCCUGUGAUCCCCACAGACCUGCCUCUCAGGGCUUCUCCCAGUCACAUCCCAAGCGUUGUGGUCCUGCCCAUCUCUCAGCAAGGCUAUCAGCAUGAGUAUGUUGAUCAGCCGAAAAUGAGCGACGUGGCACAGAUGGCCAUGGAGGACCAAAACGCCACCCUCGAGUACAAAACCAUCAAAGAGCAUCUCAGCGGCAAAAGCCCCAACCAUGGGGUGAACCUGGUGGAAAACCUGGAUAGCAUGCCCCCAAAAGUCCCCCAGAGGGAAGCCUCCCUGGGGCCCCCCGGGUCCUCUCUCGCUCAGAGCGGUCUGGGCAAGCGAUUGGAAAUGCAUUCUUCUGCUUAUAAUGUGGACUACAAGAGAAACUACCCUACGAACUCGCUUACGAGAAAUCACCAGACAUCAACUCUCAAAAGAAAUAAUACGAAUUCUUCUAAUUCCUCCCACCUUUCGAGAAAUCAGAGCUUUGGCAGGGGAGACAACCCCCCUCCUGCCCCACAGAGGGUGGACUCUAUACAAGUCCAUGCUGCUCAGGGUCAGACCGUGACUGUAUCUAGGCAGCCCAGUCUCACCACAUACAACUCGCUGACAAGAUCAGGGUUGAAACGCACACCCUCGUUAAAGCCAGAUGUACCCCCCAAACCGUCCUUUUCCCCACUUUCAGCAUCCAUGAAGCCUAAUGAUGCAUGUACAUAAUCACCGUGGGGUGGGGGGGACAGCAGGUGACCCGAGUACGCCCUUAAAGCCAGUGUUCGGCACCCGCAAUGCUAGUUUCAAGUGACCAGGAAGCUGCUAAACCUGAGGAUGUAUUGCUCUCUGGGAAAAGUGGAAUAUUGUUUAACAAUUGGGCCAUGCAAGCCAUGGUUUGCCACCGUAGGACCCGCCCCCACGAUGCAACAGUUCUUUACUCAACAGACUAACCACAAACAUUGAGCCAAAAGCACACACAUGAAUAAUGACUGUGAUAUUUCUCUCUCAACUGCACAGUGAAUCCCAGGACUGGGAAAUGAGUACUUUGAAAGCAAAAGGAAUGGGGAAAAGAAAUUCCAACAACAAAAGGAUUCAUUGAUAAAGCUAACUCUAACUAAACUGUGGCAGACAUUUACUAUGUGCAGGUACUGUGAAAUGCCCAUCAGUGUUACAGCCAUUUGGUUAUAGCAGAUUGCCAUGUUGGGCAACAACUCUGUCAUAGGUUUCUGCUACUCUUCUCUUUUAAUAACAUGUGACUGUUAACGCAAGUAACUCCUAUUAUUUAUUGUUCAUCCUUUUUGUCUUUUUUUAAAAAAAUUCCUAAGGAAAUUACUUCUGCAUAUCAUCAUAUGAGCAGCUCUCUCCAGAAGGAAAAACAAAACAAAACAAAGUUCAUUGAAAAUUAUGCCUAUUUAACAUGAAACCCAUUAACUGGAGUAAUUAAAAACUCUUUUUAUUUUUCCAAUAAAUUCACUGAGUUAAAUAUGUUGGAGGUGGAAUUCUGAACUUUGUGUUUGGACUCUCUGAUCUCUUUCUGGAAAACAAAACAAAAAAUGGGGUGGGGGGGAGUAUUUAUUUCAAUGUGAGUUAAUUUUGCUGGCUGGCCUUCCAGCCUCUGUGUCAGGCAGCAAACAAAGAAGCAAACUCCCACCCAUCCCCAUCCCAAAGUCCCCUUCCUAAAACAACGUCCUGCAGAGGAAGCUCUUCGAAAGCUGUCCCAUUGCUGUGAACAUGUUUUGGGUUUGUUUAGGUUUUUGUCAGUAGCUAAUACUUCCUGUGAAGGCACCAGCUUGUUCUCUGCCAUCUCAUUUCACCCUUGCAUGUGAGAUGGUAAACAAAAAUCCACAGUGUGGACUCAUUCAUAUGCUGGCUUUUGCCAUGCAUAGCUUAUGGUCUUACCGCACGGGUUGGGUUGGGGGUUUGGGGGGGUGUUUUUUUGUGGGAAUACAUCUGUGAAUAACCUGUCUUCUUCCACAUGUAAAUUUGUGCCUUACACCCUCAGUUGUGUAUAUUUGUGAGCUGUAGUAUGUACAACUUUGCCCGCUCUUCGGAAUAAAUCAGGUAUUUAUUUAUCUCCAUCUUCAAUUACCGCCCUGGAGAACUGGAAGAUGCAUGGAGGAAUGUUGUGGUUACUGUAAUAAUACCACUCUGGCCCACAAGAAGACAGGGUGGCAACAAUAACACAAGGUUUCAGUUUGAUUUCUCAGUUGUACCCAUUUUGGUUCUCAAACGACCCUUGGGCUAUGCUGGCAGUAUAGAAACUGUAUUGUGGGCAGCGUUUCCUUCUACCUGCAUAUUUUCAUAUAAUUUCAGCAGAGCGAUCCAUUCUUAUUCAUAACCAGCAAAGAAGUCGUGAUGCGUUCACUGGAGAUGAGCACUAUGUGCAGUUAGCUGUCUGGCUGAAAGACCCCAGGCGCACAUGUGUAGCGCAUGUACAGCACAUGAAAUGAAAUAGAAAUGAGUAUAAAGCAGGCUGGCUCCUGCUGUUUCUGAAUAACUGCUACAGUAAGGCAAACCCAGGAGGACGCUGUAUAACCCUUUUUUAAAUGGAGGAAAUCUAACUUUGAUUUAAUUUGUUUCCCAUGUGUUGGGGUGGGGGGUACGUGUGGGUGCACGGAGUGCGUGUGGGAUGUAUGUUUUGACAAUGUCUCAGUCAUUUGUGCACAAGUAUAGAUUUGGUUUUUAAUCUGUUACUAUAACUGUCAACAUUCUGUAGCAAAAAAAAGGGGAGAUGUGUGUGUUUUAUAUUGCCUGGACAGAAUGUUUCGGAGGGAGGGUGUUGUUGCUUCAGUGUGGAUUUCGUGGGGGUGGGGUGGGGAGCAUUUUUUAAAGAGAAGAAUUUUUAUACUUCAUUUGGAUUUAUUUUGCUGGAUUUUGGAAGUGGGGCAUUUUGUUUUUGCAUUAUCAAAAAAAAAAAAGGAAAGUCUUCAAGUUGGUUAGCAGCACACAAGUGGUCAUUUAGAAGGUCUGGAUGAUCGAAACCAGUGUGUGUAACAAGGGUGCUUGCAUAUUCUUUCCUUUUGUCUCCACCUCCUUACCUGAACUGGUUUGUUCACCAUUAGUGAACUAUGCAUACUAAAGUCAAAGCAAUGCUUCUGUUAGGGAUUUCGUUUUGUAUUGUUGUUUUUCCAAUUUCUUCCUAAGCUGCAGGUGGCAGGGGAAUCAUCAGGAAACAAAAAGGAGCGAGGCAGUUUCUUUCCUCCAAGCUCAGCCCCCUGGAGUUCCAAAGGGCACAGUGCCCCCUUGCUACAUCUUAGCAAAGCAUUCUGUCAUAAUGUAGAAAUGAAUAAUCACUGCAGCUAUGUACAGGGAUCUGCCUUUGUAAUAUACAUCACGCCAACGACUGGGUUGACCUUGAGAUGCCCAUUUUGUACUUGUGUGUGUUUUUUGUGUUCAAAUCCUUCCUUUUCUUAUCCCCCCUCCCCCAACACACACACACACACACACACAUACACACACACACACCACCUUCCACCCCUUUGCGUGAAGAGGUUCUUAGACCUAUGUGUGCCUUUGCUUUUCACCCUUGCUAUACACUGGUAGACACAACAAAGACUCUCAUUUGUUGUAAAGAUGUAAAAUAUUGUGAUGUCACCAACUUCCCUUCAUCGCCACAACUCCCUAACAUCCGAUUCACAAUUUAAUGUAUGUUGUAAAAAAAACAAAAGGAAAAGAAAAAAAAAAGAUUUUAAAAACAGAAAAAGAAAAAAAAUGACAAGGGAAGAAAAAAAGUCUCUUGAUGACAUAAAGUAAUAAAACCAGAC